CCCCACCAACAACAAAAACACCAAACACGCCGUACGUCGAAAGUUAACCCAACCGCUCACUUGAAAAAAUAACGGGCAUUGUCCAGAAAUUGAUCUAACCUACAAAAAAAUGCAAAUUUCCAGUAAUUGAGUUGCAAAUCAACCAAAAUGACCUCCUAUGGAAAAGUCGAAACCGCGAAACUGAAACAAAAUUUGGAAAAUCAACUGGACAGACUAGUCGAACAACUGGGAGAUUUAGAAAAUUGCAAAGCGGAUUUAGACCCGGAGGAAUAUGAGGAGACUAAACAGGACACGAUGGAUCAGUUAAAGGAAUUAAACGAUAGCUUAUCGAAACUAGUCAAAGGCGAUAUCUCACUUGUUAGUGCCCUCGGAGCCGUACAACUUGCCACACAAGCUGCCAUAUCAGAAGCGUUUAAAACGCCAGAGGUUAUCAGACUUUUUGGCAAAAGAGAACCAAAGCAGUUGAGAGAACGAUUAUCCAGUAUUGAGCAAGAGUGUAAACUUAAUAAAUUGAGUGAUGAAGCUACUAACAGACAAAAGGCUGAAAUAUUAACUGCAUUGAGACAACUGGGGGAACAGUUAUCAAUGGAAGAGCUGCAGUUUUUGGAGAAACACAAUAAUAUUGCCAAUGCUUUCCAAAACGUUGAGUUUGUGGAAGUGACUGAUGAAUGAAAAACGCACCAAGAAAUAAGGGCUUUAUUUGUACAUGCAUAUAAUUUAACAAAGCUGCAGAUAAAAGAACAGGUCGUUUGCCAUUUAUUGUAUCUUCCGUUGCAAAUACAUAAAAUUUAUAAGCAA